UCAACAGAAACGAACAGUACCGUGACAGAAAAUGCCGAACAAUCUCAAAGCUUUAAACAAGUUUUCCAGGUCAGUGGACGUGAGUAUUCUACAGAGAAGCAUUCCUGUGUGCCACUUUAAUCCGUCGACUACAAAAAAAGCCAUGGAGAUCGAAGUUGUUGACAGAUUCCGGGAAGGUUCGCAUGCAGACUUCUGUGAAAGAAUGUACAAGAGUUUUAAAUCUCAGAGUGCCGUAAUGGAACUUAACAGAAGAUUGAGUUCGGCCCAGUAUACUUUUCCAGACGACAAUGAGAUUUUAUCCACAAAGUUUCCUGAGCAGGCUGUUUGCGAAAGCAGGGAAAAAGAAACGAAAAGCGGCCAUUCCAGGACAGAUGUCGACAUUAGAAGUUUACUUAGACUUCAAUCGAAUGUCUCUUCGGCAAAGCCGGGAAAUUUAGGCUUGAAAAAUCGUUUAAAUGCACAUAAUGGAAUUUUCGAAAUGCAAAAUAUCACUUAUGUUUCUGAUAAAGCCGACUUGAGCGCCGCCGAAACAGAGUGCAAUGGUACAGAACAUGCAGAAGAACAUGGAGCGCUGGGCAUAACAACUCCGCGUAAGAAUAAACAACCACAGCUGAAACUUUUGUUUAGCUCCGGACAAGGUGGCGUGGGGCAAGAUGAAUUUGACACAUUUAAUGAACCUGUCGGGGUAACUGCUAUGCCAGAUGGUAAAAUCAUUGUGGCAGACUACAACAACGACAGACUACAAGUAUUAUCCAGCGACGGGAAAUUUAUUCGCGCGCACGAUCACUACUCGAGGGAGAGCGGAAAGAAAUUUCCGUUCAUGUGCCCCGCUGGGAUUGCGUGCGAUGCAUCAGGUAACAUAGCCGUCGUGGAGAAAGGCAAAAAUCGUGUUGUUGUUCUAUCUCCAGCCUGCACAAUCGUGCACGCUUUCGGUCGACAUGGAAAAAAACAAGGUCAGUUCAGAGGGCCCCACGGAAUCUUUAUAGACGCUCGAAAACGCAUUAUCGUCACUGACACAAUGAACUGCCGCAUACAGGUUUUUGACCGAGAAGGAAAUUUUCUCUUCUUGUUCGGUGAUAAGGGGCCAGGGAAACUCAACUACCCAUGCUACGCGAUCUUUCACGAAGGACGGUUCUACGUAACUGAUACAGACAAUGACUGUGUGAAAGUGUUUGACACUCGCGGUACUUUUUUGAGGACUUUUGCAGAUGGACUCAGCGCGCCUUCCGGGAUUGCGGUCUACAAGGGAAAAUACCUUCUCGUCUGUGAUUAUAGCAAUGACUGUGUGAAGAUCUGUUCCCUCGAAGGACGGGUGUUAAGCUCGUUUGGAAGCAAAGGAGACGGUAUUAAUCAGUAUUGUGGUCCUGAGGCUCUUGUGGUUACUCCACAAGGAAAUAUUGUCGUAAGCGACAAACUUAAUUCCAGAAUCCAAGUGUUCGACUUAGUUAUUUGAGCAAUUAGUUUUAAAAAAAAUUGUAUUCAUCGAUUUUUAUGCUGGUGUUCAGGCUCGCUAAAAACUAAAAUGCGAAAUAAACCGUGCGAAAGUCAUUAGAGCGAUGAAAGCUAUAAAGGAAGAUAAAAUUCCCAACAGGAUUCACUCUGAAUUUACAAUAGCAAUAACAGUUUGGUCACGUUUUUUAAUUGUUACGCGAAGUGCCAUAUCUAAAUCCCAACAAUUAGAGAUAAAUCUUCUCAAAAUUGUUCUGGACCGCCUGUUCAAUCUCUUAGUUUUAGAUUGUGCGGUCUCUUUUUCAUUUCCCUUCGACUGUUUUUGAUUAGAAUCCCGAUGAGAUUAAAAGUUCAAAUUUAUUCAAACCGAAGGUCUCCUUCCCAUGAUGCCUGUCUGGUUCAGACUAAGAGAGUAUAAAUCCUGAGCAGUUAAUAUCCUCUUGUUUCAGAUCAUUUCUUGCGGGCAUCGUCGUCAGGGUUUUUCUUCAAGCUUCUGAAGAAAUUUUUUUAAUAGUGCAAGUUUGAACCAAGAUUUUAAUUUGAAAAAGAAAGACUACUUUCGAGUAACUUCCUUCUACCAAGGUUAUCCGCAAAUUUUUGUUAAAUCGCAUUGUUGAAACUCUGAUAGGCUGUGGCUUGUUUUAAAUCUGCAUAGACCGUUUUUUUAGUUUUUUUUUAUUAGUUUAAAGAUAUUGCAGGAAUGAUGUAAAAUGUACAGUUUGCAGAUAUUUUAUGAAGAUGCUAGAUUGUUCAAUGGACUGUACAAAAUUCACUUGAUUUAAAAUAUUACUUAAGUAUUUAGCCAGAUAUUUAUUCGUAUUUCAAAGUUAAUAGAUGGAGCGAUUAAAGAUAUAACAC